AUGCAGGCGCGCAAGCGGAGCGGAGACGCCGCGCAUCACAUCACGGAGCAUUGUGAGAGAAUGUUCUGCGAGACGCUGAAGGCCGUGUUCUUGGUUGAGAAGGACUCUGGUUUUGAGAACUCGCUGGUGAUGGAUGCGCAACACAAUACUGCAACAGCUGGUGGAUACAAAAGCGGUACUGUGCAGAUACCGCUGCGACAACAGCAGCAGAAAGCCACGAUCAUGAAGCAUGAUCUCCCGACGCCGUCGCCGUCGCCGGAUGCGAGGAAACCGUAUCUGGAGAUAGGAGGGAUGUUGAGGGAUCACGUGGAGAUGUGGGAUUAUGCCUGCGAUGCGCGCUUCACCGGCUUUGUGGCGGACAAGGAGGACGAGCGAGCGCUGUUCGUCUUCUUCGACAAGGAUGUCAUGGGCAAGGACUUGAAGCCUGGAUUGAUGGCACUCCUCGAACUCGCCAGCAGCAAGGACUUCGACUGCACCCAGCUCGUCAUUUGCCUCGAUAGGACUGCGGAUGGCGAGAGCGCAGAAGAAGUCAGCCGCGGGCUGUCAUGGGCUGGCUUCGAAUUGAUAAUGCUCGAUCACUGGGCCGGCGAAAAGAACUGCAUCAGCGACCGGUGGCUGUUCAUGGGUAUGGAUGUUUAG